CUGGCAAGAUAGCAUUUCACCUCCUGUGAUAUUUUUAAAUGUUUAACAAAUAGCCUUCACUGACUCUGUGUAAGAAACUCUCAGUGGGAUGGCUAGAUGAUUUAAUCGUUGUAUGUUGAAAGAAAAAAGCCAGCUGCCAGGCCCCACUUUUCGCUGCCAAAAUGAGCGAUGUUGUGGAGAAGACCCUGACAGUUCUGCCGAGCCUCCUGUCUUUGGACUCUCAGCCUGGAUCUGCAAAACUGUCCUCCACCUCAAAACUAGGAAACCUCAUCAGAGGGAUCACUGAGUUGACGUCCAAACAUGAGGAGGAAAAGCUUAUUCAGCAUGAACUAGCAUCCAUCAAAGAACAGGUGUCCUCCCCCAACACCUCCAUGAGGCAGAUGAAGGAGCUCAUGGUGAGAGCGAUCUACUGUGAAAUGCUCGGUUAUGAGGCGUCGUUCAGCUACAUUCAUGCCAUCAAACUGGCUCAGCAAGGCACUGCUCUGGAGAAAAGAGUCGGUUAUCUUGCUGUGUCUCUGUUUCUGAACGAAAGUCACGAGCUGCUUCUUCUCCUUGUGAACACUGUAUUAAAGGAUCUUCAGAGCACCAACCUUAUUGAAGUGUGCAUGGCUCUAACUGUUGUCAGCCAGAUGUUCCCCAAAGAUAUGAUUCCCGCGAUCCUUCCUCUGGUCGAGGAGAAACUUAAUCACCCAAAAGAAAUCAUUCGCCGAAAAGCUGUCCUGGCACUGUACAAAUUCUACCUAAUAGCACCAAAUCAAGUUCAACACAUCCACAACAAGUUCCGCAAAGCUCUGUGUGACAAGGAUCCUGGUGUCAUGACUGCUUCAUUGCACAUCUACUUACAGAUGAUUCAGGAGAAUCCAGAUGGUUAUAAGGACCUGACAGCGAGUUUUGUCACCAUACUGAAGCAAGUGGUGGGAGGAAAACUGCCCAUGGAUUUUAACUAUCAUAGUGUCCCUGCUCCGUGGCUGCAAAUUCAGCUUCUCAGAAUACUGUCUGCACUUGGGAAAAAUGACCAGAGCACAAGUGAGAUCAUGUAUGAAGUCUUAGAUGAGUCUUUACGCAGAGCAGAGAUGAAUCAUAACAUCACCUAUGCAAUAUUAUACGAGUGUGUAAAAUGUAUUUACACAAUUCAUCCCAAAUCUGAUCUUUUGGAAAAAGCUGCAAAGUGCAUUGGCAACUUUGUUCUGUCGCAGAAGAUUAAUCUCAAAUAUCUCGGCUUAAAGGCCCUCACUUACGUGGUCCAGCAGGAUCCUAAACUGGCCCUGCAGCAUCAGAUGACCAUCAUAGAGUGUCUCGAUCACCCUGACCUCAUCAUCAAGCGAGAGACUCUGGAGUUGCUCUUUCGGAUCACUAACGCCCAGAAUGUCACAGUCAUUGUUGAGAAGAUGCUGGAGUUCCUGCGCAUCAGUAAAGACGACUACACUACCAUCGACCUGGUGGGGAAAGUGGCAGAACUGGCAGAAAAAUAUGCACCAGACAAUGAAUGGUUCAUUGAGACCAUGAACACAGUGUUUUCAGUGGGUGGAGACAUGAUGCAGCCUGACAUCCCAAACAGUUUUCUUAAACUGCUGUCUGAGGGAUUUGACAGCGUGGAGGAAGACAAGAAGUUGAGGCUGUUUGCUGUGGAUUCAUAUGUUGCUCUGCUGCAGGGGGAGCCUGGCAAACUGCCACAGCGCUUCCUCCAAGUCAUCAGUUGGGUCCUCGGUGAAUAUUCCUAUUUGAUGGAGGAAUCUGAACAGGCCACGGUCCUGAGGCUGCUGGCCAAACUGUUAGACAUGAAAAACACCAGCAGUGAAACCAAGACCUGGGUCCUCAUGGCAAUGACCAAGCUCAGUGAGGGCGAGGCAGGCGUGUCUGUGGCUCAGGAGGUUUCUGAAACAUACAGCAGCUCCCUGGACACAGUUCUGAGGCAGAGGGCUCAGGAGCUGCAGCACAUCAGCCAAGACUCCGAACUACGAGCCAGGGUGGUACCCCGAGACGGCCUGGAAUCCCUGGAGGUGGACUCCUCUCUGUCAUUUCUGGAUGGAUUUGUGUCGGAGGCGUUGGCUGCUGGCGCUGCUCCAUACAAGCCUCCCCAUCAGCGGCAGGAGGAACUAGCUCGGGCGAAAACAUUGAGCCUGGAGCCAUACGGCCUGUCCCUGCCCAUCAGCAUGUCCUCCUGCAGCAUCGCUGACAGACAGUCUCCUACACUGCUGUCCAUGAGCUCUGGUCUGUCAGGCGAUAGCGCAGACCUCUCACACAAAGGAGGCUCUGCAACUCUAAAGCUGGAUGGUGUGAAGAGGGUGUGGGGGAAGGACGGCUACCUGGCGCAGAGGGAACCUGCGGAGGAGGCUGCCCAGGUCGAGGUUCCCAGUCCGCUCCGGUCACCCAGCCAGCAGGGAGAAGCUGACAGCUCACACAGCCAGACUCCCACUCCCGUACCCACCCCUGAGCCUGAACAAGAGAAACAGCAGCUGGCCUCUUCGCUGUUUGUCGGCCUGGGCUCCCAAAGCUCUGUGUGUCUGAUGGGAAAAUCUGAACCGACACCGCAGCGAUUCAGAAGAAAAGCCAAAGGCCCGGGCUCGUCCUCGUCCUCAUGUGCCAGCGAGCAAAUAUCCAACUCCCUCGUCUCUGCUCCGAGCACAGUGGAUAAGUUGCUGUGUGACAACCUCCUGGACUCCAGCAUCGCCUCAGAGCUGCCAGUUUCUUCACCCGCACAGGCAUCCCAUCUCUCUCAGAGCCUCACUACUGCAAAUGGCACCUGUGAUGUAGAGAUACCUGAAGGUGACUUAAAGGGAAGUAACCCCUCUCUCAUUAGGGAUAAUGGUGUUGCGGUAGCUGCUGAUCCUGCUCCACAUGAAGACCCAGACAGACCGAAAGACUUGUGUCUCAGUUCUCAUCUUCCUGCAGAGCUCGCUGGACUCUCCCACUCAGAAAUCACUCCACUGUGCUCCAACCAAAGCCUGGAUCUCUCAGUCUGUCACGUGCAGAAAGAGGAUUCUUUAGCGCUAGUUGUUUUCAUUUACAACUCCUCUGACUCUGACAUUCAACAGAUACUGCUGGAGCUCGACUCUGAUGAACUUGAGGUAUCCUGUAUGUGUGACAGUCCAGUGCAGGAGGUGAGAAGCCGCAGUGUAGCAGCGUGUCAGUAUUCCCUGACUGUCAAGAGGCCUUCAGUCCACGUUGAAGUGGUUGGGAUCGUAUCGUACCAGUUUCCUGCUGGGACUCGUCAGUCAGCGCAGUUCUCCUACAGGCUGCCUCUGACCAGCUUCAUCAGGCCUUUGACUGUGUCCACAGAGGAGUACGGGACAAUGUGGCUGGCCUUCUCCAACGAUACGAAGCAGAACCUGACGCUGAUAAGUGAUGGCCAGGAAUCUCUCACAGCCACUCUGAAUGUGCUGAGGAAGAAGCUUCAGCUUCAUGUCGUGGAAAUCAUCGGUACGGAAGGCAUUGCAGCUUGCCAGCUUGUGCAGGAACAGCCAUGUUUGAUGCACUGUCGUGUGCAUGAGGGAACGCUGUCUGCCUGGCUGCGCUCUCCAGUCCCCGACCUGCCCGACUGCCUGAUCUACUACUGCCAGAGAGCUUUACAGGAGCACUGAGCCCCGACUGCAGCACCUCCACUGACAGCACUGAGCACUGAGCACCUGACACUGAGGAGGAAGGUACACAGAGCAGUAGACAGCGCAGAACAUCUGAUGUUGAGCACUCUCAUCUUUACAUUACAGUGUUUACAGUUUGUUUAUCUCUUCCACUACAAGUUACUCUGUAGGAUUUGUUUUUGUUUUUUUGUUUUUUUUGUCCAUGAGUUAUUUAUUUGCAACAGUUAAACUGGUGGAAUAAUUCGCUGGAUCACAAUUGUUUGAAAGUCAUGGCUGGUAAUAAUAAUAAUAACCUCAGGGGCCAAAAGAUUUUAACCGUCUGUGUGAUGCUUCAGAAUAACACUUAUGUCUUAAAAUGAUGACAGGGCUCCAUAAAGACUUGAACAUUUCAAUGGCUGAAGCAUUGUUCAUGAGUUAAAUGAAUACAAGGUAUUAUAUUCUCGGUAUAAGGGAAAAAUCAUCUCGACAGUUAUUUUUUUGUGCCCCAGGUGUGCAUGCUCAAUAACAAGAUAUAUUAUGUCCUGCUUUCUCAUUUGUGGCAUGAUUUUUAAAAAUCAGUUACAUUUUCAAGGUAAGAACGAUCACGAUGGUGAAGCCUGUUUGGAUUUUAAUGAGACAAAGAUAUAAAAGUUCAUCUCAGUUGUUCAUUUAGAAUCUUAAAGCAUUUCUUUGCUGUUGACGUCAAUUGUGAGUUAUUUUCAAGUUCAUCAAGACUGACUGACUGAAGCAAUACUGAUUGAAACGGCAAGAAUAACACAAAUUCUUUCCUGCCUUUUUAAGAGUAGCAAAUUAAUUGUUCAUUAUUUCUGGUGUGGACUCGGAUAAACGAUCAUAGGAGUAACAUUUACAAAAGCUGCUUUUUCAGAACCUGCUCGUCUUCACUGCUGAAGUAAAAAGAGGUUUACAUUUGUAAAGGAUUACAUUAUGCUAACAUCAGCCUCUGACUGCAGCAGCUCUACAUAUUUCUUACACCCAUGAUGAGAGUAUUUUGUCUUAAAUGUAACACUGAAGAUCUCCCUCUGCAGUGUCCGUGUUGCCAUGAAGUCAUUAUGAUGAGGAGCAUUUCACUUGUCACGCUUUGCAGAUGCUGCCUUCUGUGUGAUAUGAUGAUCUAUGCACUCAUGUUUCUGGUUUGUCAGUUUCAGUGAGAGGUGGAUUUUAGUGGUCUUUGAUUAUUAUAUUUUUGUAUCAAUGCAGUAUUAAAACAUAUUUAUUGGAUUUAUAUUCUUACAGAAAAUAUUUUAUAUUAAUUUCUCUGACAGAAAAGAAAUCAUCGUGCUUCAUGUACUGUUUAAUUGUGCUGCGCCAGGGUUGACUUGGCUCAGCCUGUUUUAUUUAAUUCAACCUGAAGGGAAAGUUUGCCUUUGUUCUUUUUUGUUCUACCUGUGUUUUGAUUUGAAGCACAGCGUGAAGCUAACAGUGUGUCUAAAUCUCAACUUUAACCCAACGCCUUAUGUUCUAAUGCCAGGGUGGCGUGUUUGAUUUGUGCCUGUGGUACAGAGAAAAUCAUUGUUUCUUAGAGUGCCUGUCACUACAUUCUGCUAACUUAUGAAUAAAUGCAACACAUGUA